UCUAAAACGCUUCCCACUUCCACAGAGCGAACAUCAGGCAGAGGGAGCCGCAGCGAGGGCAGAGGAGUCCUGCGUGCAGGGUACACUGUGCUUCCAAGAGAGGUGUGGGAAGAUUCACCUACUGUGCCCCUCCAUUCCCACCAGGAGCCAUCACCAGGCAGCCUCCACCAUGUCCAAGGACGACGGGGGCUGCAAGCUGACCUCAGUCUAUAAGCACAAGGAGAGGAAGCCGAAGAAGCCUCACUAUAUCCCGAGGCCAUGGGGCAAACCCUACAAUUACAAAUGCUUCCAGUGUCCCUUCACCUGCAUGGAGAAGUCCCAUCUCUACAACCACAUGAAGUACAGCCUGUGCAAGAACUCCCUGUCCCUCCUCAUUGAGUCUGACUGGCCCUACAAGAAGGGGAACCUGCUGCACCCGGAGCUGCGGCUGCUGCACACGGAGAGCUCCCGCCUGCGCGGGCGGCGUGAUGAGCACGACACCUGCGACUCCUCAGCCACCCCAGGAGGCUCCGUCCGGGCCAAGCAUGUCCCCACCAGGGAUGGCCAUGAGGAGAAGCCCAUGACAGGAGUGGAGAUCCUGGCUGCUGAAGGAGCUGGUGAGGAAGGUGGCCAGUUCCAGGAGGAGGAGGAGGAUGUUGCUGGCCUGCUGAGGGAGAUGGAUGCGGGGGAGAAGAAGGAGAGAAAUGAAGAGCCAGGUUGCCAAGGUGACCCAGCUGAACCAGAAGUGAACACUUUGGUCUUCGGCUUCAAGAACAAGAGGGACAACAAGCCUUGCAAGGAGGUGGAGCCUGACUUCAUCAUCACAGAUGUCUUCUCCCUCAAGAACCAUGUAAUGAAGAGCAGGGAAAUGGCCUCCCCUGACCUAGAUGCAAAGCCAAAGCAUUGCAAAGUGCCAAAGAAAUGCGUGGCCAGUGGUGGGAUCUUGAUGGAGCAAUGGAAACUAGUGGCAAAUGGGCAAAGGAGGAGCACACCUGAGGUCUCCCCACCUUGUACUGACAGCAACAUCAUCCCGUGCUACCCCCCUCCAGCCUACAGUGACUACCACGAACCUCAGGGCCUGAACCUCUCACUGCUGGGUAUUAACUACCCUUUGAACCCCAGUCUCUUCUCCUACCUGAGCCCCACCAUGGCCAACAGCACGGCAACACACCCUCACUUAGCUCAGCUGCCCUUCCUGGCCUCCACAGCACAGGUGAUGCACCCUCAUGCCUCCCACUUCCAGCCUCUGCAGAGCCCUGAGCGCUCAGCCUUCCUUCCCCGCUUCUACUACCCCCUGCUCUUUGAGCACACCUUUGGCUCCACAGAGAGUAAGAUGUCCUCCAGCAAGCCAGACCCCCAGCAACUGAUGGGCUCUGUUAUGCCCACGCCACCCCAAACCAAACCUUCCAGUGAGCCAAAUAAACCUGGGCUGCUGAAAGUUCCCGUGCUGAAGACAGGUUUUCCUUGGCCCAAAGGUGUCCGGGAGGAGCCAGGCUCUGAGCUCAGCCACUCUGCCAUGCUGGGGCAGGAAGAAGAAGAGAAAUGGCUGUCCCAGGAGAAGGACAGCAACCCAGCUUUGGGCCUCAGCAACCUACACAAGAAGUCAGCCACUGACAUCUACCCAGCUGUGGUGGGGAUGAAGGAUGGCGCUUUCACUCACAGCAGUGUCAGGAAGACAGAGUUGCCAGUGGUGACCUGUCUGGAGACCAGCAGCCCUCCAGGAAACCUGUUGAAGAGGAAGUUCCCUGCCAAUGGGCUGGAUUUGAUAGGACCCGAAAGGAUGAUGCCUGGGAAGCUCAGCUACCAGAGCAGUAGUUCAAGGGCCAACCCUGGCCACAUCCCCAAGGCCCUGGACCACUGGCACUUGGAUGUCCUCACAGGCCAGCCUGAGGAGCCAGAGAGGGGCAAUGACACCGAAGUCCUUCCCUCUGUGGGUGCUGCCCCAGAGCAUGGCCUCUGCAAACAGAGCAGACCCCAAGAGACUUCUGCCAUGACAGGCUCUGAGGCCACAACCAUGCUUAUUGGGGACCUGUCCAAAACCUUGGAGGAGUACCAAGAGGUGGAGAAGAAACUGUCUGAUCUGGCAAAGGAGGACACCCCUGGGCAAAAGGAGCUGAGGGACCAGCUGGUCAAAAUCCGAAGGGAGCUCUACCACAUUCACCAGGCACUGGAGAAAGCCACAAAACCCCAUGAGGGGCCGCUGGACCUGUCGGUGAAGAGAUCCUCAGAAGGUCUGGAGAAGGUCCAGCAGGCCAAGAAGGAGCCCUGCAACACGAGCCUGGGAAGUGAGAAGCUUCAUGGCAAAGACCAAGGGCCCCUCAGCAAAUGUCCCGUGACUGGGGAGGCUGGAGAUGGGGAGGGGCUGCCCAACUGCCUCCUGGAGGCCGAGAACAAAACCAUUGACCUGCUGAUCAAGAUGAGCCGCUCUGAGAGCCUGCGGGCGGCCUCCUCCGAAGCUCCUCUGGGGGCCGUGAUCAAGGCCGAGGUGCUGCCCCUCACUGUGCCCCUGGAGCUGCGCCACGUCAUGGAGCCCUACUACAGCCGCACCACCAAGUGCGAGGCAGACUCCAGCGUGCUGCUCUGCUCCGAUGGCAGGUCCAGCACGCAGGGCCCGCAGCUCCCGCUCAGCGCCGAGGACGGGCCCCUGGGCUGCCGGGCCAUGCAGCGCUCCCUGUCCUGCAGCCUCCCCAGCGACACUGAUGCCGUGUGUGUCCACAGCCCUCUGCAUGCUGACCCCUAA